AUGUCUCUUGUACCUACCAUGGGCGCCGUGCUCAUCGGCGACUUUAUCUCGGUCAUGCUGUACGGGCUCACAACAUCCCAAGUGUAUAUUUACUUCCAGAGGAGUUGGACGAGAGAUCCUUGGACGCUGAAGGCUUUCGUCUUUUACGUUUGGUUGAUGGAGACGUCCCACGUCUUCUUGAUUUGCGCCUUCAUAUUCCGAUCUGUGAUAAUCGAAUUCGGGAAUGUGGAGGCGUUACAAGUCACUCGAGUCUCUGACGACGUAACCACGGCGAUCACUGGACUGAUUAUAUUCUCGGUGCAUCUCUUCUAUAUAUGGCGGCUCUGGAUUCUCAGCAACAGAAAUUACCUUCUUGUCGGGGUUGUGUUUCUAUUGGCAGUCUGUCAUUUCGGUGAUGUUUCACUUCCUUCAUCCAACCAAUCAAAGCAAUCGGCUGACAUGAUGGAUGUACUCGUAGCGUUCGAGCUGGUUGUGAUGGACUUAACCUUCAAGUUCCCGCUGUUCUCGCAGUUCCAUAAAAUCACGGCGUAUUACACCGGAUCGCUGGCUCUGGCAGCUGCAAAUGAUAUCAUCAUCGCAGUGGCCAUGACCUACUAUCUGGGGACCAGGAAAACAGGAAUCAAGAGUACCAACACGUUGGUCAACCGGAUCAUCACGUAUGUCAUCACGACGGGAGCUCUCACUAGCGUGGUCGACCUCGCUAUUCUCAUAUGUUUCGUCACUAUGCAAAAUAAUCUGGUGUACCUGUCUAUGUACAAUCUGGUGAACAACCUCUACGCGAACUCGCUUCUUGCAAUGCUCAACGCCCGCGAGGCGCUCAACAAAGUGUCGCACGGAAGCAGCACGGUCGCGUUCACCAACAACUACCCUCUGUCCGGCGUCCGCGGCCAGACCCAAAGCCACACGGCCAUGAGCGACGAGAGCCGCAGGGGCCUGAAAGAAGACCCCAUCACCUCUCAGUUGCGAUUCACGCCCAGCGAUGCGGGCGAGACGACGAAGGCGUACACGACCUCGUUCUACGACGACGUCUAAUUGAUACCAGACGGACCUCGGUUCCGGAAGUCGUUCGCUCGCUGCCCUUUGUCCUCCCGGCGGCAGGGCGUAGGUUGCUUCGUCAUAAAUUAUUCCGCAGUCUUUCGUUGUGCAUUAUUUGGUCAUCGC